CGGACCAUGUGCAAGCGCAACCACAGCAAGCAGCCUCCACCCCGGCACUCCACGCACCCCCCUGGCCCCUCCGUCGAUCAAGAUUCAACAACUGCCGGCGACAUGUUGGCCACCGGCGAGCUGCAAUCCCUGGCUCCCCAGCUGGAUUUCCUCGAGCUGGCCAAGCUUCUCCGGCUCAAGGUCGCCGGAGAGCCAUUUCCUCACAGCUUCAUCCACGAGCUGAACGCCUACUCCGCUGCCCCCGCGGACCUCGUCCGCGGCCGUGACCCCGCUCCGGGCACCGGCCAAGCUGGCGACGGCAAAGGGAUGGCGUGGUACUUCUACAGCCCCGUCAAUUGGCACGACAGCGCGGGUGGCGCGCCGAGGCGGAACCGCCAGGUCGGCGGCGGCGGAGAGCGGAGGUUCUGGCACCCGGAGGGUGGCGAGAAGCCCAUUCUGGGCCCGGACAGUAAACCCGUUGGGGCGUACUGGCGCACGCUCUCGUACGUGCUCAAGAUCAAUAAUCCGCCAGGUGCUAAAAAAUCAUUCAGAAACAAAAGGCUGGGCUGGUGCAUGGUCGAGAUUGGCCUCCAGCAGCAGCAGGACGGCGCCGCCGGCCAGCAGUGGGAGCUCUGCAAGGUGUACAGGUCGCCCUCGCCUCGCAGUACGGCGGAUCCGGUCGAAACAUCCACGGCCGCCGCCGCCGGCGCACAGGGCAUCCUCCCGGCUGCCGGUAACGGCGUAUCUGGAGCUGAAGGCCGGCCGCAUGACUCGGCGCUGGAGGGCGAAGCGAUUCCGGAGGUGCUCGGCGGCGAUAUGCCAUGUCCUCCGGCACCGCCAUCUGCUUUGUGUGACUACAAUGUCCAUUUCCCCGGGGUCAACCGGAGCCCAGCUCUCCUCAUCGCCCCCGCCUCCAUACACGGAACUCUUGCAAUUAUGAAGAAGACCGAUGCUGCGUCGGCGGCGGCAACCGUCGUAAUGAAGCUCGAUGGUUCAUCGAUACCGUCGGCCGAGCGGAUGAAGGAGAUGGCCAACCUCGUCCUCGGUUUCGAGAGUCCGGUGGUUGUUGUGUCGGCCAUGGGGAACACCGCCAGCAACAUUCUCCUGGCCGCAUGGAAGGCACUGAGCUGCGACCUCCAAGAGGCGAGCGAAAUCGACGAGUUCAAGAACAUAAGGGAGCUGCAUCUCAGGACGGUUGAUGAGCUUGGAUUAGAUAGCUCAACUGUUUCAGGUUCACUGGAUCAGCUGGAACAACAUCUUCAGUAUGCAGCUAUGACAAAAGAGAUGACUUCUAUGACACGAGAUUGCCUUGUUUCUGUCUGUGAAGGCACGUCUACGAAAAUGUUUUUCGAGUAUCUAAAUAAACUUGGGAAAGGAGCGGUACAGGAAUGGGAAUUGCAUACCGUCGCUGCUUUUGGAAGUGAUGGAAAUGACUUGGCUGCAGCUAUCAUUGGCAGAGACUUGGGAUUAGAAGAAAUACAGGUUUGGAAGGAUCAAGACAUCUUCACGUGCGAUACUAAUGUUUGUGCAAAGGCAAUACCAGUACCCUACUUGACUUUUGAUGAGGCAGCUGAACUUGGGUUCUUUAGCGCACAGUCAAUCCAACUGGCUACGGAAUGUGGAAUAUCAGUAAGAGUUAAGAACUCGUUCAAUCCUGAAGCACCGGGUACUCUGAUUACUAAGACAAGAGAUACAACCAAGAGUGCAUUAUCCAGCAUUGCGUUGAAAUCAAAUAUUACCAUUCUGGACAUACAGAGGACAGGUACUCUGGACCAGAGUGCUUUUGUAGAAAAGGCCAUUUCAAAAUUUAAAUAUUUUGAAUAUUUGGGCAUCUCUGUCGAUUGGGUGGCUACUAGUGAAAAUAUGUCAUUUACACUAGUUCCGUCAAAACCUUUGAGUCAGGAUUUGAUCCAGCUGGCGCUUGAUAAUGCAGUUAAAGAACUUGGAAAAAUUGCAACUGUUCAUCAACGACAGGACAUAUCAGCCAUCUGCCUAAUAGGGAACCCGCAGAUGUCGUUACCCAUUCUUGGGAAGGUGCUCAAUGUUCUAGGGAGCAACAAUUUUGAUAUUGAGAAGGUCCCCCGAGGGUCGCCCAAGGUGGCGAAUGUUUCUUUGGUUGUCCGUGACAAUGCGGCAGAACGCUGUGUACAACUCCUCCAUUCUGUAUUCUUUGAGCUUAACGGCUGCCCGGUCCCGGUGAACUCACAAGCUGCAGCAUCGGGCUCGAGCGACAAGAGAAAGGCGGAUGGCGACCACCCGGAUGCUCCAACGGGCGUGCGUCGGGAAAUGGCGGAGACGGAAUCCCUGGUUCCUGAAGAGUUGGAGCGCUCGUUGUUGUCGAACGACGAAACUCUGCAGUUGGAGUUCCAAAAGUUUCUUUCGGACGAUCGAAACUACGAACCAUCUGGUUUACUGGAUAACGUGUGGACUCAUCAGGAUGAUGAACCACCAAGCUACGUGUGGACUCAUCAGGAUGAUGAACUACCAAGCUACGUGUUCCAGACUCAUCAGGAUGAUGAACCACCAAGCUACGUGUUCCAGACGCAAGGGGGGCCGCCGCCGCGUAGGUUGAGGCUUCUCUACGGCGUACCCUCCAGCCACCGCUUGCAAGAGGUGCUCAAUGUUCCACCGCGGACGCCUCAAGAAGUCGGCGCACUCAUCCGCAUUCACCGCGGGGUGCGCUCGCGAAUGUGCCUGGCCAUCUCAUUUUUUCAAAAUAUGGAUUAUUUGGGCAUCUCUAUCAAUUGGGUGGCUACUAGUGAAGGCAAGAUGCCGCUUACACUUGUUACAUCAGAACUGUUGAGUCAGGCAUUGAUCCAACCGGCGCUUGAAGAGGCAGGCAAAGAGCUUCAGAAUACCCCAGCCGUUCAUGGACUGUACAACAGAUCAGUCAUUUCCUUGACAGGGAACGCCCAGUUGUCGCCAAGCAAUCUUCGAAAGGUGCUCAAUGUUCUAGGGAGCAGCCCUGUUGUGGUCGAGAAGGUAUCUCAAGGCUCGUCCAAGGUGGCUAAGAUUUCCUUGGUGGUCCAUGGCAAUGUGGCGCAACACUAUGGAGAAGUCCUCCGUUCAGCAUUCUUUAAGAACCCAGUGGAUUCAUCCGCGCCGUCAAGCUACGGCGUCAAGAAGAACACAGAGGAUCCACCCUCCGGCGGGUUCUCUGAAGCCGGGAUCAGUAAGAUAUCCGAAAGGGUGCGUCGCCUGGCAAUCGACUAACCAAGCAUGCCAAGUGUUGCACACACCUACAGACUUUGCUUCAGACUUGCUCCUAGUUUGAUAAUAUACUUGACGACAACGUCGGGGAUUCGGACGAGUUGAUUUCUAGUAUCAUUCCUUGUUUGGGGUCUGAUGAUUAAUCACUGGUGGUAUGGUA